AUGCAAAAUAACAUUCAGAAUGCCCGUGCAAAGCACUUCAAAUCCCUUCAUUCUCCUGGAAACCCCCUCGUCUUGACGAAUGUCUGGGAUGGAAUAAGCGCUUCCGCCGUCGCCUCUCUCCCCCACACACGGGCAAUUGCAACGGCCAGCGCUGCCAUAGCUGCGGCUGCCAGCACCUCUGAUGAUUCCCUUAGCCUCGAGCAGAAUUUGCGCGCUAUACGCCCAGUAGCAAUGGUAGCAUUCAAGCACGAUCUUCCGCUCACUGUAGACCUGCAAGACGGAUACGGCAUGGAACUAGAAAACAUCUUACGCGAGGUCAUUACAUUGGGCGCCGUGGGCAUCAAUCUUGAAGACUGCAGCUUUGAAGGUCAAAUUUACAGUAUCGAAAACCAAUGUGAUCGUAUUCGUCGCGCGCUGGGCGUCGCGCGCGAGGAAGGAUUGGAAGACUUUGUCAUCAACGCGCGCACAGAUGCGCUUUUCGCAGGUGGUGGAAUCGAAGACGCCAUCGAGCGUGGUAAGGCUUACCUUGAUGCCGGCGCAUGGAAUGUCUUUGUUUGGGGCGGUCCUAGCAGGGAGGGCUGGGGCAGGGACGAUGUCAAAAGAGCAUGCCAGGCUUUCAAUGGCCGGCUGAAUGUCAUUCUCGAUAUAAAGAACGAAGAUGCUUUGACGAUCAAAGAGUUGGAAGAGAUUGGCGUUGCGAGAAUCAGCGUAGGCCCUCAGAUUAUGCAUCUCAUGGCUGCUGGAAUAGCACAGGAGGCUCAGAGGAUACUGGAUGGCAAGUCCAGCAUCUUCGAGGAAUGAAGGAUUCCUGAUUGAGGAAUUUUGAAAUUAAAAGCAAAUUCAAAAACAAUAGUACAAAUCAAUGAAAAAUAUGUUUC